CAAUUACCUUCCAGCAUGGAGAAUACAAGUCCCGUGUUCUGUCUUGUGCUUCUUGCAAUGAACAUUCCCUUUAAUGCAGUUGCAGAUAAUACACCUGAAAAGACCUGUGGAGGAACUCUUAAGGAGGCCAAUGGUCUUGUAUCGAACAUGUUUUAUGACCCUCCUAAUAACUGGUGUACGUGGGUCAUCGAAGCCGUCCCAUCUGGUUUUGUGGAGCUGCGUUUCAACUAUGUAAAGAUGGGAAAUCCACCAACGUGUGCUUUUGGCUCUAUUACAAUCUAUAAUGGGUUUCGAGACGAUGCAAACAUUCUUGGGCGGAUCUGCAAGAACACAGAUAAAGUUUUUUACAGUUCCUCUAAUAUAAUGAUCCUUGAGUAUUUUAGCGACGACCUUAACUAUGGAGAUAGCUUUGAAGCUCAAUAUUACACGCAUGUGGCUGAAGCCCGUUAAGCUUAUGUUAAUCACAAGUAUUUUCUCCUGAAAACACAAUUCUAAUCACCGUUAUCUAACAGCAGAUUUAUGUACACUGAUCAUUAAAAGGGUGGUCCAUCUUAGACAUUUUUGUCAUAUCACUAGAAUAUGCCACCAAUGUAACUUAGGUAUGGCUCCCACUGGGACCCACUUCUAUGUCCAUAACAGGGCCCCUGAAGCGAAAGGAGAGCAGCUGUGAAAGUGCAGCCAUGCUCCACUGACUGCUAUGGGAGUCCCCAAAAUAGCCGAGCGCUAGCAUGUCAAUAUCUGGUAGUAUCUGUGCUUGGAUGGCUUGCUCUACAUCCAGCAAAAUGAGACUCCUGAUGAGUGCGCUCAUGUCGGGGGCCCCGUUCUGGAGAUAGGACCAACUAUCUGACAUUUGUGGCAAAUCCUAGCAAUAUGCCAUAAAUGUCCAAGAUGGGAAAAUCACUUAAUAAAUUAACAUUAAUAAAUGUAACAGUAACAGAAUAAAAUCAGAAGACAUAUAUUUCUUAUAAUAUAUGUCUUCUGAUUUUAUUCUGUUACUAUAUCUCAGUGUUCAAAAGGUAUCAGCCAAAUGAGACUCUCAAUGGAUGACACACUGGAGACAAUGAUCUUGCUAAAAGUUUUAUUUUGCAAAUGGAAGAGAUAGGGCAAUGACAUUUAAAAAGAACCUGUCACCAUUAAAAGGUCAGGAGACUACAGACAGCACGUUAUAGAGUAGGAGGAGCUGAGCAGAUUGAUAUAUAUUUUUAAGGAAAAAGAUUUAGUAAAACUUGCAAUGUCAUUAUUUAAACUUCUGCUCCUACUGGGAUUUGGAAUCAUGUCAGUGGUCCUUAGCGCUGAGUGACAAACAUCUCUGUAUGACUGUGUAUAAAGAGAAGGCUGUCCAUCAUUGAUAGGACCUCCCAUGUGACUUCUCAGUAUUGUUGAGCGAAUCGAACUCCACAAAGUGGAAUUUGAUCCGAAUUUCAGGGAAAUUUCGAUUCGCCGUGAAGCUGAACUUCUUCAUGCUUCGUGGUCGCGAAUCGGUUUUCCCUGAAUGGCGGUAAAAAAGAAAGAACAAAAUAUGCUUACCUCAUCCGUUUGAGUACGAAGAGCCGGCCGCUGCCAUCUUGAUAUAGUUUAAAGUAACACUAAACAUGACAAAUACCCAAAACAAUAAAAAAUUCAAUAAAAAAAAACCUGGAGCUACCACCAUGAAACUUCUCCUAUUAUUUGGCACUUUUUUGUCUCAUAGUUAAAACUGAUAAAUAUAUAAAGAAAUCCCUGUGUCCCAGGAGCAUAGCCAUAUCGCCUCCUCCUCACUGUCCUAUGUCUAGCUGUAAGACAACUGGCUGGAGCAGGAGCCUAGAAAGCAAGCUGUCCCCCGCCACCCUUUCUACAGUAGGACAAAAAUAUAAUUAAGGUCCAUCUCCCUGACUAAGCUGACCCCUCAAUACAUCUCUGCUGAAGGUAAGUUGAUUAUUGCUACUUGAUACUCCUACCCAGCUCACUGUGUAAGUACUUGUGGCAAAUAGUGAGAGUGGGAGAGAAGGGGCAGCAUAAAAACGCUAUCCCAGGGGGCAGCCGCACUGCCUUUUCAU